CGAGGUUGGAACGAGUGAAUAGAGUUGGCUACAAAAUACAAUGAAUGGACGAUACAAGGUUUUAAAUCAAAUGCUCAUUUAUAAAACCUUACAGUGAUGUAAAUUUUGCUUGCACAAAGGGGAAUCAAGUGGGAUCAGUACCGUCGCAUGACGCACGUGGUUAUUCAUAACCACAGGUUUAUUUUUUCAAACGCACUCUCUCCCCGCUCUUCCCCUUUGUUGCAAGUGGAAUGUCUAACCAGCAAGUCGCAAAGGCUGCUGAUCGUCCACUCGACGAGUCUCGGUUUGACCAGUUGUCAUAUGACGUUGUUGCAAAGUCAUUCAAAGUGAUCAGCACCAUAUUCUUUCGUGAAAUCAGAACAAGUGGCUACCACCAGAUUCCUGCAGACAAACCAUGUAUCUUUAUCGUCGCCCCUCAUGCAAACCAAUUUGUUGAUCCCGGUAUGGUUAUGAUUACUUCACCGGUAAGGUUCUGUCCUUUAAUGGCAGCGUCGCAAUUCAAGAGAAAAAUUAUUGGAACGGCGGCAAGAUUGUUGCAUGCAAUUCCUGUUAUACGUCCGCAGGAUCUUGCUGCUCCGGGUGCUGGAAAAACUCAACCCAGGGAUUUGAUUAGUAUUUCAAAAACUAUCAAGGUGCAGGUCGAGGAAGUCAUAUCGGAGACUCAAAUCCGUUUGGCUUCACCUCUGAAUGAUUCCGACGUUGAAGCGCUGAACAAGGAAGAGGGAGUUAAAUACAAAAUUAUUCCUCAUGUUGAUCAACAUGACUUGUUUGACCAAGUUCACGAUUCGCUUGCUCAAGGCCGUUCCAUUGUGAUUUUCCCUGAAGGAGGCAGCCACGAUCGCUUGGAGCUUUUGCCCUUGAAAGUCGGUUUCGCACUGAUGGCACUUGGUGCCAUGGCAAAAUACCCAGAACUUGAUGUUAAGAUUGUGCCUGUCGGUCUAAAUUAUUUCCACCCACACCGUUUCCGUUCAAGAGCGGUUGUAUCCUAUGGAGCACCCAUCUCGAUUGAUAAGAAACUUGUGCAAGAUUUCAAAAAUGGCGGGGAAGCGAAAAGAGAUGCAACUUCCAAACUGCUUCAACAAGGUCGUGACGGAUUGAAGAGUGUUACGGUUAAUGCACCCGACUACGACGUCUUGCUGAUCAUCCAAGCAGCUCGGCGCCUCUAUGAACCAGCUCAUCGAAAGCUACGCCUAGAGCAAGUAGUGGAAUUAAACCGCAGAUUUUUAAUCGGAUGGACACAGUUCAAGGACGAUCCCAGAGUCAUUGAGUUAGCACGCAAAAUUCGAGCUUACAACCAGACGCUCAAAUACUUUGGCAUCCGGGAUCACCAGGUCGAAAAAACUUCAACGGCCACACUCAAUGCUGCCAAAACGUUGAUUGUACGAUUGUCCCAGCUAAUGAUGGUGGCUGCCGUAGGAUUGCCAGCGACCAUUUUGAAUUCUCCUAUCAUCCUCCUGGCAAUUUAUAUCAGUCAAAUCAAGCAGAAAGAGGCCCUCGCCAAUUCGUCUGUCAAAAUAGCGGCUCGUGAUGUGUUGGCUACAUGGAAGAUUCUUGUUGCUCUCGUCGCUGCACCACUCCUAUUUGGAUUUUAUUCCCUCCUCGCUACCUAUUAUCUUCAUACACGUUAUUCUCACUUAAGUGUUGGAAAUCUGAUCCUCAUAGGACUUGCACUUUGGAUUGGUCAGCCUAUCCUCUACUUCACAGUAUUGCGCUUGACGGAAAACGGAAUUGACAUUUACAAAUCGCUUGGACCUGUUUUCUUAGCUGUAUCGAACCCAAGUGCAGCAGAAAAUCUUCGCGCCAUGCGAAAGAAGUUAUCAGAAGACGUUACUGAAUUUGUUAACGAGGCUGGGCCACAAGCUUUGGAAGAUUUUGAUCCAAAGCGAUAUGAACGACAACCAUCGUUCGAUAGUAGCCUUACUGCAACAUCUAGGGCGGACAACUCAGCAUCCGGCUUUGGCUUCCUUUCUGGUGCCAAUUGGUUGGACGACAAGUGGCUCUUCCAGGCACUCCACUAUGACUCUGAGAGCGAAGACGAUAAUGAGGUCACAAAUUUGUGAGUCUUUAUGUAGUACUACUUUGGCAUUGAAUAAAAUCAUUUUUACUGUAUGUUGGUGGAUCGCUC